AUGGAUGAAAAGGUGGAAACUCUUGAAUUGGAGUUACAACAAGUGAGAGAGGAGAAUAAUACUCUAAGAUUCAUGCUUGAAGUUAUGAGUAAGAAGUGCACAAAUUUAAAACAAGAGAUCAACAAAGAAGAAAACAAAGAGAUCAUAAGUUCAAAUCAAAUUGGGCUAUCACCUAACUUUGAUACAAGCAAAAGAGCAAGACUAGAGUACUUUCCAACAGCCAAAAAACCAUUACAAGUAUUUGUCAAAACUCAUCCUAAUGAUGAGAGUUUGAUAAUAAAAGAUGGUUAUCAAUGGAGAAAGUAUGGACAAAAAGUUACCAAAGAUAAUGCCUCUCCUAGAGCUUACUUUAGGUGCUCCAUGGCCCCUAAUUGCCCAGCCAAAAAGAAGGUACAAAAAUGCUUACAUGAUAAAUCUAUCAUUGUUGCAACUUAUGGUGGAGAACACAACCAUGGUGUCUCUAAUGAGCCAUUCAAACCAUCUUCAUCCACACUAAAUGACCGAGAAGCCAUAAACACUAGACUUUGUGAGGAUGUCAUGCAAUCGUUUGGCUAUGAAAAGAACGUGAAAUUUGAAGAAUAUGUGAAUUCGCUAAUCCAAGAUCCUAACUUCACAACGGUAUUAGUUAAAGCUGUUGCCAAAACAAUUAUUGGUCAACAGCAUAAACGACAAGGUCUAAAUCUCAAUUUGAAUCUUUCAGAAGAAUGA